GGAGCGGCACUUGAGGUCGACCCAGUUUGAAAGUGAACCAACGUCUCCAGUCGCUGUUACAGCCUCCAAACAACAACAAGAACCCCAGAUCCGAACCCAGAAUCCCGGUCCGAAGUCUGCCUCCGCCUAUAACCGGCCCCCUGACGAUUGUCAGUAUGAUGCGCAAGGACGUCAACAAGCCCAAAGGGAAGACGUCGGCGUACGCCUUCUUUGUGCAGACGUGUAGAGAGGAACACCGGAAGAAAAACCCAGAGCAGUCUGUCAACUUUGCUGAGUUCUCCAAGAAAUGCUCUGAGCGAUGGAAGGGUCUUUCUCCCGGCGAUAAGAAGUGUUUUGAGGACAUGGCCAAAGCUGACAAGGUGCGUUACAACAGGGAGAUGAAAGACUAUGUCCCACCCAAGGGUUUUGGAAAGAGAGGUCGCAAAAGGAAAGACCCUAAUGCUCCUAAAAGACCCCCCUCCGCCUUCUUCGUAUUCUGCAGCGAGUACCGUCCCAGUGUGAAGCAGCAGUUCCCUGGUGUGUCUAUAGGUGAAUGCGCCAAGAAACUGGGUGAAAUGUGGAGCAAACUGUCACAAUCUGAGAAACAACCGUAUGAAGAGAAGGCCCAGAAACUAAGAGAGAAAUACGACCGGGAUAUGGUGGCGUACCGCGGUGGCGGAACGUACGCCAGGAAUCCUGGCUCUUCGGCUCAGGGAGGAGAGGAAGAGGACGAGGAUGAUGGCGAGGAUGACGAUGAGGAGGAUGAUGAUGAUGAGUAGAGGCAGAGAGAGAAAGGAAGGUGUGUGUGUGUGUGUAUGUGUGUGUGUGUUUCAGAGGUCAGGCAGUCUUUUGGACCAAGUCAGAUAAGGGGGCAGGGCUUUAUAGUAGCUCAGUGAGAGGCAAUAGGACAGGGCAUUAGGGACGAGGAUGAGGGACAGGUGAGACCAGGCAGGAGACGAGUCCAUCAUCCCAUAAAGGCAGUCAUGAUACAACAUGUAAGUAAGCUGUUAGUUCUUUGAUUCUUUAUCAUAUGAGAGGGUGCAGUCACAUGACCACAUUGUUUUCAGUCAUGUGAUCGGUGACUGUUUAACACCAACAGUAACACUGUUGUGCACUUCUGUUAACAGUGACUUAGAGUUAAAUUUAGGAGGCAGUUCCAGAACAUGUGGGUGAGUGAGUCUAUAAUCCCCAAAUUUGGACAGUGUUAAUGUAUUGGCAGUGGCACAACCAAUAAUGGACUGAAUCCUGAGUGUUGGGUAAUCAGUACUUUUGAAAAAUGGUGACAUUUUAGUUCCUCACAACAGUUCCUAAAAGUUUACCUUUUACUUAUUUAUAUUUAUUCUUUUAGCAAAGAAUAUAAACCUUCAAGCGCUUAUAGCUGUGAUGCGAACAAGCGGUAGACAAACAUUAAAAACACUGAACCAUGUUUGUUUUUUAGUCACAGAAGUGUUUAAAUGGCCGAUUGUCACAACCGUUGUCAGUGAACUGUGACUUCACAAUGAGAACAGUGAGAGUGCUACAGCAGUAUCAGUAGGUGUGUUUCAACAGACUACAGUAACAUGCACAUGUUAACAGAACAUGGAAAAGAACCGAAACGUACAGAACCUCUGGUCUAAGUCAGCUCAACGUUUAUUACAAUUAACUACAGUUCUGUUGGACUCAGUUGGUUCUC